AUGGAAAACCUCUUCUCGACCACCGAUCGGCAUUUCCAUUCUACCCGCCGUCGUCUACUAGCAUCGCCAAUCUCUGACACUUCACUGCAUCAGCAUGAAGAUUUGAUUACUGGUAGGGUGAAAAUGGCAGUCUGGAGAAUGGCAGAAGAGACACAGACCCGUGGCGCCACCGACGUAUUUAAAUGGUGGCUGUUCAUGGCCACCGACAUUAUUGGAGAACUCAGCUUUGGAGAAUCGUUCCAGAUGCUAGAAUUUGGCGAGGCAAAUCUGGAACAGGUCUCAACCUUCCAACCGAUUCGAACAACAUUCCCCAACCUGCUCCACUUAGGAAAAUAUCUACCUCUACCAGUCUUCAAGCGCAGUAUAGCAGUUGGGAAGCGAAUGGGCAUGUAUGGAAGCCAGUCCAUCGACCGAUAUAAGAAAAUGAUCACCGAAAACCCCUCCAACCCGAAAAAGACGCUAUUUACCAAGCUAUUUGACACUGAGAAAGACGGCCUUGCUCAUGAAGAGAUCAAGAAAGAAGCUCAGGGUUACAUCGUUGCGGGAAGUGAUACUACUGCCGUUACUUUGACUUACCUUGUUUAUGCUGUCUGUGGAAACAGCCGAAUUCGAGAUAAGCUGGUCGCCGAGGUGGCAACAUUAUCUGAACCGAUUCAUGACAAUGACCUUCGGAAUCUGCCUUAUUUGAACAUGGUUAUCACCGAGACCCUUCGCCUUUACACGGCUGUUCCUUUUGGUCUCCCCCGUGCUGUGCCUUCGGAAGGGGCCAAUUUCAAUGGAUACUUUCUCCCAAGUGGAGCGACAGUGUCGACUCAGUCUUAUAGUCUGCACCGGGACCCUACAAUAUUCCCCGACCCAUAUACGUUCAACCCUGAGAGAUGGGAGAAUCCGACCAAGGAAAUGAAGGAUAUUUCCAUUCCAUUUGGUGGUGGAUCGCGCAUCUGUAUCGGAUUGCACCUGGCCCGCAUCGAACUUCGCUUAGCAUCAGUCCUAUUUUUCCGAGAAUUCCCAAAUGCUCAACGAUCCGAAAAAGAGGGAAUGAGCGAAAAAGACAUGGAAAUGCAGUCCUUCUUCUUGAUGGCACCAAAAGGACACCGCUGUCUGAUUGAAACGAAGUGA